AUGCUGCAGCACGGGCAGAGCCGGAUUGCCGGCAGCAGCAGCAGGCCUAAGGCCUUCACCAGCGGACGUCCAGGCCGGGCGUCGCUGCAGGUGCGCAAUGCUCUCACGCGGCAGAGGAAGGAGGAGAUUGUGGCGGACCUGAAGGAGAAGCUCGAGGACAGCGUGAUUGUGUUCGGCAUGCGCUUCAAGGGCCUCGAUGUGCCCACCGUGCAGCGGUUCCGCAAGGGGCUGCCGGAGAAGAGCAAGGUCAAGGUGACCAAGAACUCGCUGAUGCGGGCGGCCUGCCAGCAGGUGGACGGCUGGAGCACCGUGAUCGAGAAGGGCUGCCAGGGUGAGAACGCGUGGGUGUUUGUCCACGAGGAUGACAUCAGCGACGCCGUGAAGUUCUUCAACAAGUUCACCGAGACGCUGGAGAAGGAGGCCAAGGCCGCCGCCCCCAAGGGCGUUGAGGUGCCUCCCCCCACCGAGGUGACGUGCGUGGUGAUGGACAACAAGUACCUCACCCCCGCGGAGUUCAAGCGCUGCGAGAGCCUGCCCAACAAGACGCAGCUCAUCACCACCAUCGCGCGCAUGAUCAAGCAGCCGGCGAAGAAGAUCGCCGUGGGCGUCGCCGCGGUGCCGCGGAAGAUUGCGUACGGCGUCAAGGCGCUGGCCGAGCUGGAUGAGGACAAGUCCAAGGUUGUGGGCGAUGUCGCCAAGCCCAAGGAGGCUUAA